AUGGCAAAUGUUUCCUUCAUAGAUACGGUAUGCCAGGAUGCCAAUUUCACUGCUGGUAGCCAAUUUGAUAUCAACCUGAACCACCCCUUCAACCGGUCACCACUUUACAUUGAUAAUGGUAGUGGCAAAGUGAUCUACCCCAGCGUGACAGAAGGGGAUGACCUAGACAAAGUUUAUGCUCGGUUCCUCUGCAUCGGUGAGGUUUCCCUGAGUGACUGCCAGAAUUGCCUCAAGCAGGCAAUCAGUGAGAUUGUAAAAAGAUGUCCCUUCAGAAAAGAGGCAUAUAUAUGGCAUAAUGUGUGUUUUAUUCGCUACUCAAACAGAUCUUUCUUCUCUACCAUGGAGAUAGGAUCACCAAUUUGUGUUAUUGUUCUUCAAGACCUACCCAAAUAUGGUUUGCAGGAAAUAUUCACUAAACUGAGAAGUGAGGCAAUUUCCAAUACUUCUAAGCCCACUAUGUAUGCAGACAGAGAAGAUCCUAUCUCAACUGAUUGGAAAUUGUCUAGCAUGGCACAGUGUACAGCAGACUUGUCACCAACGUAUUGCAAUUCUUGCCUGUCUGGUGUAACUGAUCGUAUUCAAACAUGCGCAGCUGGAAAGAUAGAAGCGAGAACUUUCACACCAAGCUGUAUCCUUAGUUAUAAGUUCUCCACGAAUUGGGUUCCUAUUCCUCCAGUUGCCGUAGAUGCUCCUCCUCCUAAAGCUCCUGAAUCUGUCUUGUAA